AUGGACAAGCUGCCGCCGUCCAUGCGCAAGCGGCUCUACAGCCUCCCGCAGCAGGUGGGGGCCAAGGCGUGGAUCAUGGACGAGGAAGAGGACGCGGAGGAUGAGGGGACCGGGGGCCGCCAAGACCCCAGCCGGAGAAGCAUCCGGCUGCGGCCGCUGCCCUCGCCCUCGCCCUCUGCAGCUGCGGGUGGCACGGAGCCCCGGGGCGCGGCCCUCGGGGCGGCAGACGGAGAGGGGCCCGCCCGCGGCGCGGGCAAGUCCAGCACCAACGGUGACUGCAGGCGCUUCCGCGGGAGCCUGGCCUCGCUGGGCAGCCGGAGCGGCGGCGGUGCCGGAACGGGAAGCGGCAGCGGCCACGGGCACCUGCAUGACUCCGCGGAGGAGCGGCGGCUCAUUACCGAGGGCGAUGCGUCCCCCGGCGAGGACAGAACGCCCCCAGGCCUGGCGGCGGAGCCCGAACGCCCCGGAGCCUCAGCGCAGCCCGCAGCCUCGCCGCCGCCGCCCCAGCCGUCGCCGCAGCCGGCCUCUGCAUCCUGCGAGCAGCCUUCGGUGGACACCGUUAUCAAAGUGGAGGGAGGCGCGGUCGCCGGCGAUCAGAUCCUCCCAGAGGCCGAAGUGCGCCUGGGCCAGGCCGGCUUUAUGCAGCGCCAGUUCGGGGCAAUGCUCCAGCCCGGGGUUAACAAAUUCUCACUGAGGAUGUUCGGCAGCCAGAAAGCCGUGGAGCGCGAGCAGGAGAGGGUUAAGUCGGCCGGAUUUUGGAUUAUCCACCCCUACAGCGACUUCAGAUUUUACUGGGACCUGACCAUGCUGCUCCUGAUGGUGGGAAACCUGAUCAUCAUCCCCGUGGGCAUCACCUUCUUCAAGGAUGAGAAUACCACGCCCUGGAUCGUCUUCAAUGUGGUGUCGGACACGUUCUUCCUCGUCGACUUGGUCCUCAACUUCCGCACGGGGAUUGUGGUGGAGGACAACACAGAGAUCAUCCUGGACCCUCAGCGGAUCAAAAUGAAGUACCUCAAAAGCUGGUUCGUGGUGGAUUUCAUCUCCUCCAUCCCCGUGGACUACAUCUUCCUCAUUGUGGAGACGCGCAUUGACUCGGAGGUCUACAAGACAGCCCGGGCCCUGCGCAUCGUUCGCUUCACCAAGAUCCUCAGCCUCCUGCGCCUCUUGCGUCUCUCCCGCCUCAUUCGGUAUAUUCAUCAGUGGGAGGAGAUCUUCCACAUGACCUAUGACCUGGCCAGCGCCGUGGUGCGCAUCGUGAACCUCAUCGGGAUGAUGCUGCUGCUCUGCCACUGGGACGGCUGCCUGCAGUUCCUGGUGCCUAUGCUGCAGGACUUCCCCGACGACUGCUGGGUGUCCAUCAACAACAUGGUGAACAACUCUUGGGGAAAGCAGUACUCCUACGCCCUCUUCAAGGCCAUGAGCCACAUGCUGUGCAUCGGAUACGGGCGGCAGGCGCCCGUGGGCAUGUCGGACGUCUGGCUCACCAUGCUUAGCAUGAUCGUGGGUGCCACCUGCUACGCCAUGUUCAUCGGCCAUGCUACUGCCCUCAUCCAGUCCCUGGACUCCUCCCGGCGCCAGUACCAGGAAAAGUACAAGCAGGUGGAGCAGUACAUGUCCUUCCACAAGCUCCCGCCCGACACACGGCAGCGCAUCCACGACUACUAUGAGCACCGCUACCAGGGCAAAAUGUUUGACGAGGAAAGCAUCCUGGGCGAGCUGAGCGAGCCGCUGAGGGAGGAGAUCAUCAACUUUAACUGCCGGAAACUGGUGGCCUCCAUGCCGCUGUUUGCCAAUGCGGACCCCAACUUUGUGACGUCCAUGCUGACCAAGCUGCGCUUCGAGGUCUUCCAGCCCGGGGACUACAUCAUCCGCGAAGGCACCAUCGGCAAGAAGAUGUACUUCAUCCAGCACGGCGUGGUCAGCGUGCUCACCAAGGGCAACAAGGAGACCAAGCUGGCCGACGGCUCCUAUUUUGGAGAGAUCUGCCUGCUGACCCGGGGCCGGCGCACAGCUAGCGUGAGGGCCGACACCUACUGCCGCCUCUACUCACUGAGCGUGGACAAUUUCAACGAGGUGCUAGAGGAGUACCCCAUGAUGCGGCGGGCCUUUGAGACUGUGGCACUGGACCGCCUAGAUCGCAUUGGCAAGAAGAACUCCAUCCUCCUCCACAAAGUCCAGCACGACCUCAACUCAGGAGUCUUCAACUACCAGGAAAACGAGAUCAUCCAGCAGAUCGUGCAGCAUGACCGUGAGAUGGCCCACUGUGCACACCGCGUUCAGGCCGCUGCCUCGGGCACCCCGACCCCCACACCUGUCAUCUGGACCCCACUGAUCCAGGCCCCACUGCAGGCCGCUGCAGCCACCACCUCUGUGGCCAUAGCCCUCACCCACCACCCACGCCUGCCUGCCGCCAUCUUCCGCCCGCCCCCGGGAUCUGGGCUGGGUAACCUCGGGGCUGGGCAGACACCGAGGCACCUGAAGCGGCUGCAGUCGCUGAUCCCUUCUGCAAUGGGCUCCACCUCUCCCGCCAGUAGCCCAUCCCAGGUGGAUACACCAUCUUCAUCCUCCUUCCACAUCCAACAGCUGGCUGGAUUCUCUGCACCCGCCGGACUGAGCCCUCUCCUGCCCUCGUCCCGCUCUUCCCCCCAGCCAGGGGCCUGCGGCUCGCCCCCAGCCCCUACACCAUCCGCCACCACAGCUGCCACCACCACAGCUGGGUUUGGCCACUUCCACAAGGCACUGGGUGGCUCCCUGUCCUCAUCUGACUCUCCGCUGCUCACCCCACUGCAGCCCGGCGCCCGCUCCCCACAGGCUGCCCAGCUGCCACCUCCACUGCCAGGGGCCCGGGGAGGCCUGGGACUCCUGGAGCACUUCCUGCCAGCCCCGCCCUCAGCCAGGUCCCCAUCAUCCAGUCCCGGGCAGCUGGGCCAGCCUCCUGGGGAGUUGUCCCCAGGUCUGGCUGCUGGCCCACCAAGUACACCAGAGACACCCCCACAGCAGCCAGAGCGGCCAAGCUUCACUGCAGGGGUCUCUGGGGGGUCUUCCCCUGUAGCCUUUACCCCCCGAGGAGGCCUCAGCCCCCCUGGCCAUAGCCCAGGUCCCCCAAGAACUUUCCCAAGUGCUCCACCCCGAGCCUCUGGCUCCCAUGGUUCUUUGCUCCUGCCACCCGCAUCCAGCCCCCCACCACCCCAGGUCCCCCAGCGCCGGGGGACACCACCCCUCACUCCAGGCCGCCUCACCCAGGACCUCAAGCUCAUCUCAGCCUCCCAGCCAGCUCUGCCCCAGGACGGGGCGCAGACUCUACGCAGAGCCUCCCCGCACUCCUCUGGGGAGUCCGUGGCUGCCUUCCCGCUCCUCCCCAGGGCCGGGGGUGGCAGCAGGGGCAGUGGGGGCAGUGGGGGCCUUGGUCCCUCCGGGAGGCCCUAUGGUGCCACCCCUGGCCAGCACGUCACUCUGCCUCGGAAGACAUCCUCAGGUUCUUUGCCACCCCCUCUUUCUUGCUUUGGGGCAAAAGCCACCUCUUCUGGGGGGCCCCCUCUGACUGCUGCACCCCAGAGAGAACCUGGGGCCAGGUCUGAGCCAGUGCGCUCCAAACUGCCAUCCAAUCUAUGA